UGCUGGCGCCUGGCCGUGGCGGUACUAGUUUUACCGUUUGCGUUAUAUUGGUAACAGUAAAGUUAUUUUUAUAUUUUCAAGUAUAUUACAAGUUUUAGUUUUUCGUGACCACGACGAUGGAUAAAAUGUGCUCCAACUGGACCAGCGAGGAGGACAAAGUUUUAAUAAAUUUCGUGCGUAACCACGAAAUUAUUUACAACGUAAAAAGUAAAGAUUACAGAAAAACGCAUUUGAAACAGAAUUUGUGGAGAGAAAUUGGAGACGUUUUAGACAAAACAGAUUCCGAUUGUUCCAAAAGAUGGUGCUACGUUAGAGAUUACUAUGUUCGACGAAAAGCAAAACCAGGUACGGGCGCCAGUGGAGAAGCAGCAAGAAAAAGAGCUAGCCUCCUGUCAUUCCUAGACGACCUUCCUACGACCAGAAGAGGCAGUAUUCAUAUCACUGAUGAAAACCCAGAAAACACUGUUAAAAUCGAAGACACCGACAGCGAACGAGCACAGACGCCAGAAGAAGAUAUGAUGGAAAAUACUAGUAACAGCGAAGACACACAACCAAAUUCUCAGGAAAUUAUUUUUGAAUUUGAAAAAAGCGAUCGUCAAGAUGAUAGAGCUAUAAAUAAUAGGCGCAAACACGACGCACACAGUCAGUCAACUCAAGAUGAAAUAGACGAAAAUGAUCUCUUUUUUGGUUCUAUGGCAAAGAUAGUGAAGAAGUUGCCACCAUACGAGCAAGUACAAUUGCGGCUGCAGAUAGGAUCGCUAGUCGGCAAUGCCCAAUUAAGACAAAUUUCAAAUGAUUCACAUCAAGCCGACCCACUCGAGACCCAGCACAAGCAAUAGUGAUUAUUAAUUUUUUUAUACAGAAUCUUUUCUUACCUUUUCAA